AUGGAAGAUUCGCGACGUUCAACGGACCCGCCCAAAGAAAUCGCGGGUAGGUCAUGCGCAGUGUGCUCGGACAAGGCCAACGGCUACAAUUUCGGCGUGCUCUCGUGCGAGUCGUGCAAGGCAUUUUUUCGGCGAAACGCUGCAAAACGAAAAGAAAUAAAAUGUCCAUUUUCGAAUUCGUGCGAAAUCACAUCGGCGUCACGCAAAUUCUGUCAAGCUUGCCGCCUCAACAAAUGCAUUUCGGUCGGAAUGAACAGCGAAUGGCUAAUUGAAGGCAAAAACAAAGUUGGGAAGAUUAAACGAAAACGAAAUGAGAGUCCAGGCUCGACUGUUGAGAAAGAAGACGAUGAAAAUGUUACAAUUCCAAAAGCAUUUCUACAGAAAUUAAUGAAAAAUGCCAAAGCCCCUUCGUCAUGCUCAUGCAGCUGCACUUGUGGCUUUUAUCCAGUUGGCACAAAAUUGGUGGCUGCACCUCAAACACCAACACCAUCAAGUUUCGAUAAAUACUCGGCUGUCAAUUCGCCAUCGUCUAUUAUUGGAUAUUCACCAAUGGCGUCGACGCGACCCGCCAAUUCGCCAAUUGUUCCGUUUCCGAUUCAAUGCUCGCCGCAGCCAAGUCGCACAUCAGUUGUGCCGAGCUUCACAGCCCCGCAAGAUUGUGCCAAAAAAUCGGUGAUCAAAGAAAACACAUUUGUUGACGAUGGCGUUUUGCAGGAGAUCCGAAGAAAAAUCGACAAAUAUCGCGGUGUGCUGUCGAUCGAUGAAAUGGCGCUGCUCGAAGAGCUUCACGUGUUGAAUGAGCCACUCAAAUAUCCGCUCGAGAAGAAUUAUAAUCAAGAAUCGUUGCAGGGCGUCGUUCAAAUUGUUCAAGAAGCUCUCCGACGAAUUAUUUCGAUGACGGCACAGUUGAAGGCGUUCAGAGAAUUGGGCUAUGAAGAUCGCAGGCAGCUAGUUAAGAGCGGCUUUUGCGAGCUGCUGAUUGUUCGAGGUAUUAUGGCCUAUAAUAAGACGAAUGCCACGUGGAAUCAUAAAUUUGCAACGAACAACAUGGAAGUGAAAUUAGACGUUCUCAAACAGGAUCCCAAAUAUGUGGCUCAUUAUAAAGUUCAUAAAAAACUUUUGGACUCAUUUAGCGAUGAGAUUCGAACAAAUGAAAGUAUUAUGCUGAUAUUCAACGCAAUUGUAAUAUUUCAUCCUCGCGUCUCGGACCUCAAGGAAAGCCACAAGGUCCAUCAAACGCAGGCAGCGUACUUCAAAAUGCUGCUCAGCGUGUUGAACUUCGAGUUCUCCGAGGAAAAAGCCAACGACUGCUACAAAAAGCUUCUCGAUCUUGUUGUUGACCUACAUAUGGCUAAUCAAACAAUGCUUCACGUUUUUUACGGUUUCGAUCCGGCGCGACUCGAUCCGCUCGUCAAAGAACUUUGCGAUUUCACUUGA